GACAUCUAUUGGCCCAGAAAGUGACCAAUCAGUGUCAGUGGAGGAACUUCGGAGUGGAGCUACAGGGUUAGAGUUUCGGAGUUGGGAGAGCGAUUUUGGCAUUUACACAAAGAGGACGGGCAUCUGUCCUCCUAAAGCGUUACCCGUGUUUUUUACAUGCCUGUCCAUUUAUAUCCUCUUCUGUAAGAACAUUGCGUUAGAGGCUCCGGGAUGUAUACGGCCGGACUCAACCCGUUUUACGCAUCAAAUUUUAGCCUCUGGUCUGCGUAUUGCGCCGGAGGCUUCGCUGUGGAUACAAUGAAGAAACCGUCGUUUUGCAUCGCAGACAUUUUGCAAGCUGGAGACGCGGAAAACAUCCCGGGGUCGUCCGCCCUCAUGGUGCACAUGGGACAUCACCACCACCGCGCUCAGCAGGCGCACGCCGGCAGCUCUCCCCUGCGCCCCUCUCCCGUAGCUCCUGAAUCCUCCGUGUUUGGUGCCAGGGUGAGUCCGGGGUCUCCGUACCACAGACACGGACUACAACUAACCUCAGUUUCCAGGACGGCGUUUAACUCCCAACAAGCGCCGCCGCCCUCAAGCAAAGACCUCAAAUUUGGAAUCGAUCGGAUAUUAUCUACAGACUUUGAUCCAAAAUGCAAAGAAAAGUCGUCGCUAAGAGAUCUCACAUCCAUUGUUAGCUCGAACCGUCAGUCAGGCAUCCACAUCCCCGUUCAGCCUCCGGCCAGCCAGUACUUCUCCUCCAUAGACCCCGGGAUGAGCGACGCGUCCUCCAUGAUGAGUUCACUAGGCAGCAGCAGCAGCAGCAGACACUCAGGCCAGCAUCAGUUUCAGGACACCUUCCCAGGUCCAUACGCCGUCCUCACAAAAGACACAAUGCCUCAGACGUACAAGAGGAAAAGGUCUUGGUCAAGGGCCGUGUUUUCAAACCUGCAGCGAAAAGGACUUGAGAAGAGAUUUGAGAUACAGAAGUAUGUCACCAAACCAGACAGAAAACAGCUGGCUGCAAUGCUGGGGCUCACAGAUGCUCAGGUGAAGGUUUGGUUCCAGAACAGACGCAUGAAGUGGAGACACUCCAAAGAAGCCCAGGCUCAGAAGGACAAGGAGAAGGACGAGAAGCCGGACAAAAGUCUCUCGGAGGCGGGCAGCAGGGACAACAAAGAGCCGAUGGAGUCCGAGUGCGAGAGCGAGGGCAGGAGUGAGUGUGAAUCCGACGAGGCCGAGGAGGAAAGCAAUGACGGACAUUUGGACAUUUCUGAUCACAAGACGAGCGUGAUCACGAGCGGGAGCGCGCAGACGGGCAGCGCGGAUCCUGCGGCCGCGUUCACAGACACAGCGACCACACAGGUGUUGAUAUGAAGGCAGGGGCUCCAUUUAGGUCACGAGCAAUGACAAUACUUUUAACAGAAGAUCCACAAUGAUUUAAAGACACAUGUGGAGAGUGUAGCAACUGCAACCAAAACAGGUCUGUUUACUUUAUGAGGAGGAGCAAAGAGACGGUUGGAUUUGUUUAUUAUUGUACGUGAUUUUCAGUCCAAUCAGAUACGGGGAGCACAAACAAAAUUAAGGUGUGAAAGUGAUAAGAUUUUGCCUACUUUUUUUUCUUUUUUCUUUUGACGUCUUACAAGACUAUAAUGAUAGGAAAUAAUAAUAAUAAAAACCACUUCAUAUAUAAAAUAAAAUGACGGACUUCCUGCCUCCCUCAGCACUCGGUUUCCCCUCAAAAGCCUCAGAGCGUCGAUGGUGUUUUCCUCUUCUAAAGGAAAUAAUAUGCGGUUGUGAAUUUUCUGUUUAGAGUAUGAACCACUCCUUUCACGUUGUGAAUGAAAUCUCAAAAGAUGAAGUGUCCAUGUGCCUAUUUGUUUUGUUUUAUAUAUAUAUAUAGUUGUGCUAUUUUUGUUAAUAAUUUGCACUGAAAAUAUUGUAAAUAA